UCAAACAAUCAAUUAUACUCUCCGUCUUUUCAAACUGAAAGUUAUUUUAUUUUCAUUUGAACCAUUUUAAAUAGAUAUGAAGUGUGUCAUUAUUUUUUAUUUUGUGGCCAUUUAUAUUGGAGCCAUUCCAGGUGGUGAAGCCAAACCUGGAGCAAAUGAAUUGAAGAAUUGCGGUAGAAUAAAGCGUAUACCACAUGCCGUUGUAUAUUUUAUUACUCAAACUGAAAUCGGUGUAAACUGCAACGCAGGCUAUCGAUUUGAAAACAAUCACACAUCAGCGUCUUAUGUCUGUAGUGAUGACCAAUGGAUUUUGAGGGAUUUUAAUCCAACCGUUCCGAAAGCUUGUACACCAAUUUGUGAUCCGCCUUGUGAAAAUAAUGGUAUUUGUAAUCGACCCGGUGAGUGUCUUUGUCCUAACAGCUUUACCGGAUCACGAUGUGAAAUAGCAUCAAAAACAUGUGGUGAUAUACCGCAAUCAACCAAUACCUAUUAUAAUACUGACGAUGGUAUCAGUUUGCGGUUCAAUUGUGUUGAGGGGACUUUCUUUCAAGACGGCACAUCGACAUUGGAGAUGUUUUGCAACGAAGAUCCGCGAGAAUGGCAACCACUUAAUAAAAAUGGAAAUUUUUCAAUCGAUUGUAACACAAUGUGCAACCUAAAUGGUAAAAAAUAUCCAAUUGGUAAAACAAUUAUUAAAUCAUGUAAUACAUGCACAUGUAGAUCAAACGGCAAGUUUAAUUGCACCAGAUUCAUAUGUCCAGCACACAGUCUUUUAUACUAUCACUAAAUUUAUCAAUGUGACUGUAAAUAAAUUGAUAAAAACACAA